AACGUGGUAUUUAAUGGCGGCAUUUUGAAUUUUACUAAAAUUCACAAGGCAAGGCGUCUUUUGGGUUAAAUGUUGUGAAUCGGAAGAUGGAGAAGAAGGAGAUAAUAAGAAAGGCAGAGGAGUUGGUAGAGAAUGCAAUGAGAGGAAACGACGCUUCACAUGAUGCUGCCCAUGCCUUUCGAGUUAGAGACCUUGCCCUUUCACUUGCUCGCCAACAAGCCCUUUCUUCUCAUUCCAUGCUAAUCGUGGAACUGGCUGCUCUUCUGCAUGAUAUAGGUGACUACAAAUACGUAAGAGAUCCAUCUGAGGCAAGGAUUGUUGAGGAAUUUCUUCAGGGUCAAGGCAUAGAGGAAGAGAUGAAGAUCAAGAUUUUGGAUAUAAUUAAGGGGAUGGGUUUCAAGGAAGAAGUUGGAGGGCUUGCAAAUAUGAAUCAUUCCAUAGAGUUUGGGGUGGUGCAAGAUGCCGAUCGGCUUGAUGCUAUUGGUGCAAUAGGAAUCGCCCGUUGCUUUACUUUCGGCGGAAGCAGGCAUAGAGUUCUCCAUGACCCAAGAUUUCAACCUCGAUCAGAUUUGUCUAAGGAAAAUUACAUGAACAAAGAAGAGCAAACUACUGUGAAUCAUUUUCAUGAGAAGCUUCUCAAAUUGAAGGACUUGAUGAAGACAGAGGCUGGGAAGGAAAGGGCUGAAAAAAGGCACAAAUUUAUGGAGGAUUUUCUGAAAGAGUUCUAUGAAGAGUGGGAUGGGAGGGCUUAAAUGAGGGAGCAGUUUUCCACUUGAUGUUUCGUGUUCCUAAAUAUUAGUAGUUCUUUGUCUUGGUUGCACAUAACCAAAUUUCAAAAGUUCUAUAUAUAAUAAACUAAUUGACGGAGAACGUCUGCAUCCUAUGAUAGUCUCAUUAACAUAAAAGGAGAAUAGCUCUGAUUGAAGCAGAAAUGGUACAAAUUCUUUAACAUACCAGGACAUACGGUGGUAAAAGAGCUAAAGCACUUGUCUUGUUAGAUAGAAGUAGUGUAUGCUACUUCAGUUUCCUGAUUAAGCUUUCCACAAUCCAUUUAUUUGUUUGAAUGAAAGAAUCUGCCUUUAGGAAUCA